UGGCGAUGCAGUGAGGCCUCGGUGAUCGGUGAUCUAUCUCGAUAUUGGAGUAUUAAUCUACUUUACAUCCAAAUCCAUCAACCAAACCCACAGAAAAAAGCUUACAGAAUCAAAGAAACGGAAUGGCGUACAGAAGAAGACAAGGGAUCGCCCGCUCACCCACUUUCCAGGAAGACAUUAUUAGUUCUCCUGCACCACCACCCCCUGCACCUGGAACAGCAGCAACAGGGGGAGGAGGAGGAGGAUACCACGCCACAGCCUCCUCCUCGCUGGCAGCUCAGGCCAUCAGAGCCUCCGCCGCCCAUCGCGACUCUUCUCUAUCUUCCGCUUAUGCCGCCAAUUCCGCCUUUCCUUCUUCCUUCAACAAUCCAUCUAAGGGUUCUCCUACCUAUGAUUACACUUCAAUGAAAAGUUCAAAUGAACCUGGUGGUUUUUGGGGUGUUCUAGCUAGGAAAGCCAAAGCAAUCCUGGAUGAUGAUGACAUCUCCCAUCCUUCCUUCCCUGCUACCACUAGGACCAACCCCAAGGAAUUCCUCCCUUCCUCAACACAUUCCCAGCCAUACCAAACUGCUGAGAGCUACAGAAAAGCAGACAAUCCUACAUUUCGCAAGGGCCUUGAUGCACUUACAACUUCUCUCAAUCACAUUGGUGAUACAAUUGGAAGUGCAUUCGAGGAAGGACGUACUAUUGUUGAAAGUAAGACUGCGGACAUAAUUCAAGAAACUCGCAAACUGCAGAUCAGAAGAAAAGGAACCAACUUUGAUGAAGGGAAUCAGGUACCUGAUGUACACAGUGCAGUGCAGCAAUCAGCACAGCCACAUAUGCAAACCAGCCAAGAGGAUCAGCUCAAGGCAUCCCGCGACGUAGCAAUGGCAACAGCUGCAAAAGCCAAACUACUCCUUCGAGAGCUGAAAACUGUCAAAGCAGAUCUGGCUUUUGCAAAACAACGAUGUUCUCAGUUGGAAGAAGAAAAUAAACUCCUUCGAGAGGCCAGGGACAAGGGAGACAAUCCUGCUGACGAUGACAUGAUACGCCUUCAACUCGAGACACUUUUGGCGGAGAAGGCCCGAUUGGCGCAUGAAAAUUCUGUAUAUGCUCGGGAGAAUCGCUUCUUAAGGGAGAUAGUUGAAUAUCACCAACUGACCAUGCAGGAUGUUGUCUAUUUGGAUGAGGGAAUUGAAGAGGUUACAGAAGUUUACCCAAUACCUGCAGUCUCCAGAAUGCUUUCUGCUUCACCACCCUCGCCUACGUCUCCAUCGUCACCUACUGGCAGUUCUCCAUCAAGAAGCAUUCAGGUUACUCAGCAAAUACUGGAAAUCCCCCUCUUGCCGAAAGCUACGACAGGUGUUUCUCGGCAUGACACUCCAACAAUUUGCACUGGUCCAAUCUCCACAACAGAAGGUCCAAUUAGACAUCGAGGGGCCUGAUUCAUUCUUUUCCCUAAGGUUUUGCAACCUUAAUUCCUUUUGAAGUUUUUGGUUUAGAGAGAAAGAAAAGUAGAAAAAGGUUUAGAUUAAUGGAUUAUUCUGCAUUUGAAAUUUCCUUCUUCUUGUUGAUAAUAG